GCGCACCUCUACCACUACACAUAUUCUAAGCCGAGCUCAACACUGUAAAACUUUUCAAUGCCUAACCCUAGUGCUGUCCCUGACGCGUGGGACGAAGAUUGGGAGACGCUUGCAGACAAGCCAGAGACAGAGAACACAAAACCGAGCGGUGUUUUGCUUCUUACCAAAGCAGAGCGGAAAGCUAAGCAUGCCGAGCAGAAUAGGGCAGUGUGGGAGUCGGCCGAAAACCCGGAGCCCAUGCUGUUCCUACAGGCUCGCGAUAAUGGGCCGGUACAAUCUUCAUUCAAGCCAAAUGUUACUGUUCUCAGCCGUAAACCACCCCCGAGGGUUCUCGUACGAAACGACGGAAGUGCUGCCAUGGCGGGGUUGACGCUUGACGAUGACGACGACAGUGAGGAGGAGCGAAGGAAACAUGCUGAACAAUCAUAUGCGGAAAGGAAAGCACGUGCUGAGAAGGAGAGGGAAGAGAAGAUACGGAAAUAUGCAGAGGCUCGUGAGAAAAUCUUUGGGUCGCCAGCGCCCAGCUCGGGCGAAUCGCGGGGCGCGUCUCCCAGUAAAUCAUCGCGGGGGAGGACGCGAGGAAGAGGAGGAAGGGACGGCUCAUUGAGAUCAAGUGCUGAGCAAUCUCCUGUGCGACCUGCGCCUUCGGGCAAACAACUUUACGAGCCGUCCUAUUCACCAAAGCCAACUUCGACCUUCGUUCAAAAGCGGGAAUCCAAUACCAGCCGGUCAAGCCCCUCAAACGGAGUGCAACAGCCAAUCCGAGAGCCACGAGGGCCUUCAGGCAGAGGGUUUGCGCCCAGAGGGAGGUCUACUAAGUCGACACCUUGAAACCUUCCAAUAUGCGAUGCUCGAGCAUCGUGAUACCCUACGCAUUCCACC